AUGGAACCCAGUGAUAUCACCGGCGCUAGUCGGGCAUCGGCUCAAGCUGCGACGUCUGAUCUCAUCGAGAAGAUUGAUAUCUCACAAGAUGCUGUAGCAGAUCCUGCUGAUGAUCAGGACGAAUCCUGUCACUACCAGCCACUUCGGAUCAUGGCCGAAGCCCGCAGUCGCAAUACCCUAUCGAGGGCUCAGUCCGCAACUUCAACCAAGAGCAUCGGUCGCCUACGCUCAAAUAAUGGCCAUGGAUGUGCCGAGCUGGACGACAGUGCCGAUGAGACCGAGGCCCUUGAUCGGGUUGACGGCUCGAGCAAGGAUCCAUUUGAGGUGUCCUGGGAUGGUGACAACGAUCCAUUCUGUCCGCGGAGCAUGUCAUUGCUACAUAAGUGGACCAUCGUUCUGAUCGUGGGUUUUGGAAGUCUAUGCGUAACAUGUGCAAGCUCCAUCUAUACCUCGACAUAUUCGCAGAUGAACCCAGAGUUUGAUAUCUCCACCAUAGUCGGGACGCUCGGUUUGUCAACGUUCGUCCUGGGCAUCGCGUUGGGGCCUCUCUUGAUGAGCCCAUUGAGUGAGUUUUAUGGCCGGCGACCAAUCUACCUUGUUUCAUCCAGGACCAUGUUCACCAUAUGGAUCAUCCCAUCUGCCGUCGCCCAGAAUGCCGAAACCAUGAUCGUGGCACGCUUCUUCGAUGGGUUUGCCGGCAGUGCAUUCCUCAGCGUCGCAGGGGGGACUGUGAGUGACGUUUUUCGAAGGGAUGCUAUCCAGGGGCCAAUGACUAUCAUAUCACUGAGCCCGUUCAUUGGCCCUAGCCUGGGUCCGUUAAUCGGAGGCUUCAUAAACGCCAAUACGCAUUGGCGAUGGACAUAUUAUUUUCUACUUAUAUGGGCAGCAUUCAUGCUUGUUUGCAUCGUGUUUCUCGCACCCGAGACAUUCCACCCAGUGAAGCUGAGAGAAAAGGCGCGCGCGCUCCGGAACGAGACCGGAGACGAUCGCUGGAAAGCCCCGAUGGAGAGGCAGAAUAAAUCCGUCGCCAACUCUCUCGCCAACUCUCUUCUGAGACCGUUCCAACUAUUGUUGUUUGAGCCCAUGUGUCUCGUACUUUGCCUCUUCUCGGCCAUCCUGCUCGGCAUACUAUACCUCUUUUUUGGCGCCUUCGGCCUCAUAUUCGGCAACGUGUAUGGCUUCAACCUGUGGCAGACAGGUGUGUCGUUCUUGGGAAUCAUGGUAGGCAUGCUUGCUGCGUCGGCCACGAAUCCCAUCUGGCACCGGGUGCACAACAAACUGGUCGCUGAGAAUGGCGGCGUCUCAGAACCCGAGUUCCGACUCCCAUCGGCUGUGGCGGGCGCCUUCCUGGUGCCAGUCGGGCUGUUCUGGUUUGCCUGGUCGGCCUACCCCUGGGUUCAUUGGAUUGUGCCCAUCAUUGGGUCCGCAGUGUUCGGAAUGGGGACGUUGCUGGUCUUUACUGGCAUAUUCACAUUUCUGGUCGAUGCAUACCCGCUCUAUGCAGCGUCAGCCCUCGCGGCUAACGCGUUCGCAAGGUGUGCAUUUGCAGGUGAGUGA